AUGACCGCAUCAAAUGCAUUGAAGCAUGAAGGAUCACCAUGGUUCGUUAGGCUAAACAGAAGGAAACGAUACAACCCCAAAGAGAAAGGGCUUGGUCAACAAAAAGUUGAAUCCAGCAUGAACUCCACCGCUUUUACCAUCUACACUUCUCCUAAAGGUACACAACUCCGUGGACCUAAGCCGAAACCUAGACAUGCCGGUUGCCAUCCAACUGCCUAUCCAUCCGGUUCUUUCAUUGUCACCCAAUCAUGUGAACCACUGAUCCACCGAUUGGGACCCCCUCAGCAGCCCACUCUGAGGACACAGACACAUGAGACAGGCACAGAGACGCACUAG